CCGUGUACUCGGUGGAGAUCACUGUGGAGAAGGACAAGGUGACCGGGGCGACCAGGGUGCUGUCCAGCACCACACAGCUGCCCCGGGCGCCGCUCCCCCAGGGCGUCAAGGUCUACGAGGACGAGACCAAAGUGGUCCACGCGGUGGACGGCGCCGCCGCGAACGGGAUCCACCCGCUGAGCUCCUCGGAGGUGGACGAACUCCUCCACAAAGCGGACGAGGCCACGCGGCGCGACGCG